AAGGAAAAAUUAUUCUUCCCCUAGAGUGUCAUUUCCCUCAUUUUUUAAAAUUAUUAUUUUUCAUUUUAGAGGGCACUUAUUAAACAGGACAGUGAAAAAGGAAGGGCCUAGGAUAACAGGAGAGGACUGAGUGGGGCUACUUUGAGUCCCUAAGAAGACAGAUAAAAGGGGGUCUUGGGGACAAGUUCAGGGAGUUUGUCUGGAAGGAACUGCCACUGCCCAUUGAUGCCCUGGUUUCAUGCCUCCUGAGGUCCCUUACAGUUUCAGAGGUGCACGCCUGUGGAGGAAGGGUUGGGGGAGGCGUGCGCAUGUUACUUUGUGGAAGAGCACACCCAUGUCUCUCAUCUUUACUGUCACCUCACUUAAACUCCAGACAAUAAAGGAACACCUACGCCACAUUUAGAACCUAAGGUUUUAUUGGCCUGAGGAAUAAAUACUUCCAGGAGACCAAAUAAAGGGACAUCAGAGAGACUGUGGUCAUUGCGAUCAGGAGCUCUGGAGCAGGGGUCCCAGAGGAAACGUACCUCUCGUUGACUUUUCUUCUCAACCCACAGGCUCUAACUCCCCAGUAUGGACAAAAAAGGGGUCACGUACUAAGCCUGACAAGCUCAGAGGAGGCCUGCUUGGUGGCCUUACAAACCCAGAGGCUGAAAGUAAUCACAAAAGAUGUUCUAAAAUUAAAACUUUCUAGCUAAAAGCAAGUAAUGUUGGGUAGUCAUGUCCUAGACUGGAAUCUUUCUUAACAAAGGUCAAUCUGUGCCUUAACUAAGCCUGUCCAUUGUUUUGUUUUACAUGAAGGAUAUAAUGUACCUUUGGAAUGUCAGGUUAAAUUCUUCUAUGCCACACCCAUCAGGGCACUACAGAGCGAUAGUCGGUAUUGUGUUCACUGUGAACUAUCCUGUUCCCACCUCGGUAAGAAAUGCAUUCAUUCCUUUUACUCCAUCCAAGGUCAGAGGUUUCCCUUUGGCUUUCUCCCACCUCCCUAAUUUCCCCCCAGCAGAUUUCAGGUAACCCUCUCAUGUCUUCCUCUUCAAAUGUAUAAAAGUUGCAGAACUGCCCUUCUCCAGAGCAUUUUCUCAAUCUGUUAUUUUUCGUCUGGGAAAUUUUCGUCACUUUGGCUCAAAUAAACUCAUAGAAAUUUCCUACAGUUUUGAACAUUUCUUACAUGUACACCAGGAGCAAUACUCAUGAGAAACAGGAAGAAGUUGCAGAGUUAAGUAUCAGCAUUUUCAGGGACACACCUGACUGAAGACAGAUUUCUGAACAGAAACUUAGAGCCGAACCAGACACAGCAAGACAGAGCCUCCCUGGUGCUGGCUCCUUUCAGGGAACAGAAGAAAAUGCUCCAGGCUCAGGACAUCACACCAUUAAACAGCAUGGAGUUGUUGCAGGAUCCCCUGACAUUUCACGAUGUGGCUGUGGACUUCACCUCAGAGGAGUGGCAGCUCCUGGACCCCGAUCAGAAGAACCUGUACAAGGAUGUGACAUUGGAGAACUACAGCCACCUGGAGUCAGUGGGGUAUCAAGUCAGGAAACCAGACACAAUUUCCGAGUUGGAUCAAGGGGAAGAACCAUGGACAGUACAGGAUGAGCUCCACAGUCUGGUCUCUCCAGGUGAGACAACCAUUCUGCACAGUAACCAUGAACAGUUUUACACUGAAAUUAAAUUGCCUCUCAAUACCAAACCCAUCAAUAAUAAAUCCCAGGUCAUUCAGCAACAUAGAACUCACACCAUAGGGGAAGCCCACAUAUGCAUUGAAUGUGGGGAAGCCUUCAUCAAUAUAUCUGAGCUCAUUGAUCAUCAGACAGUUCAUACUGGAGACAAACCUCAUGGAUGCAGUCUGAGUGGAAAAGCCUUCUCCAGAAAAUCCAGGCUUACUGAACAUCAGAGAAUUCACACAAGAAUGAAACAAAGUGAAUACACUGAAUGUGACAAAACCUUCCUCAAGAAAUCACAGUUGAAUAUACAUCAGAAAACUCACGUGAAAGAGAAACCUUAUACGUGUAGUGAAUGUGGGAAAGUGUUCAUCAAAAAGUCUGGGUUCAUGUAUCAUCAGCAAGCUCAUAGAGGCAAGAAACCCCAUGAAUGCAGUCUAUGUGGGAAGAUCUUCUCUACAAAGUUCAGUCUCACUACCCAUCAAAAAACUCAUACAAGAGAGAAACCCCAUCGAUGCAAUCUAUGUGGGAAGACCUUCUCUACAAAGUUUAUACUCACUCUACAUAAGAACACUCAUACAGUAGAGAAGCCUCAUAUAUGCAGUGAAUGUGGGAAAGGCUUUAUUGAGAAGAGUCGCCUUACUACACAUAAGAAAAUUCAUACAGGUGAGAAACCCCAUGGAUGCAGUGUAUGUGGAAAAACCUUCUCUGCAAAGUUUAAUCUCACUAUACAUCAGAGAACGCAUACAGGAGAGAAACCUUAUACAUGCAGUGAAUGUGGGAAAGGCUUCUCAACGAAGUGCUGCCUUACUGGACAUCAGCGAACUCAUACUGGAGAGAAACCCUAUGUAUGUAAUGUGUGUGGAAAAGGCUUCUCCAUGAAACGUGCUCUCACUAUACAUCAGCGAAUUCAUAGUUCAGAAAAACCAUAUAUGUGCAGUGAAUGUGGAAAAGGUUUCACUGUGAAGCGUGGUCUGAUUAUACAUCAGCGAAUGCACACAGGAGAGAAACCCUACGUAUGCAGUGAAUGUGGAAAAGGCUUCCCAGUCAAAGUGCAGCUGGUUUCACAUCAACGGACUCAUACAGGAGAGAAACAUAAUUGUCAUGAAUGUGGGAAAAGUUUAUCAACAAGGUACAACCUCCUUUUACAUAAAAGAAUUCAUUCUGGAGAGAAACCCUAUGUAUGCAAUGAGUGUGGGAAAGGCUUCAUUAGGAAGCGUACUCUUAGUGAGCAUCAUCUAACUCAUACAGGAGAGAAACCUUUUAUGUGUAGUAAGUGUGGGAAAGGCUUCACCAAUAAGCGCUACCUAAGUGAACAUCAUCGAAGUCAUACAGGAGAGAAACCUUAUAUAUGUGGUGAAUGUGGGAAAUGCUUCUCAGCAAAACACAAUCUCAUUUUACAUCAGCAAACCCAUACUGGAGAGAAACCCUAUGUAUGCAAUGUGUGUGGGAAAGGCUUCGCCAGUAAGUGCCCUCUCCUCAGACAUGAGCCAACACAUAUGAGACAUAAGCCCUAGGUUUGCAGUAUAUGUGUAAAAGGCUUCAGCAUAAAACAUCUUGUACAUGAGCUAACCCAUACCUCAGAAAAAAAUGUAUAUUUGCAAUGAAUGUGGGAAACGCUUUACAUUCAAGAGUAAUCUCAUCAGAUAUCAGCUAAUACAGGAGAAAAGCUAUAUGUAUACUGAAUAUGGGAGACAUUUCACAGAGAAGAAUAGUCUCAUCAGACAUUAGCCAACACAUACAGGAUGUAAAUAAAUAAUGGCACAGCCACUAUAAAAAAAGUAGUAAUCCUAUAUGUGCAAUGAAUGUGAUAAAGGCUUUACCAUGAAGAGUCAUCUCAGUGUACAUUGGCAUACUCAUACAAGAGAGAAUCUUUACAUGCAAGUCAGUGUGUGAAGACAAUUGGGAAAAACAUGCUCAUUGCACAUCUGUGAGUUUAUAUGGAGAGAAACUAUAUAUGCACUGCACAUGGAAACGGCUUAACCAUGAACUACUCUAUACAUCAGCAAACUCAUACUGUAGAAUAUCUGCAUAAAUGCCAUGGGUUUGUUGAAGGCUUUAGGAGACGUGUCAUACAAACUCAGAGAUUUCACUCAGGAAAGAGUCCCUUUGCAUGUACAUAAUGUUAAAAAUUAUUGAGGAAAGAUGAUGUCUACUUAUCAGAGAAUUUCCCCUGCCUUUCACAGCUUUACAUAACUUUGCAUUUUCUAAAACUUACAUGAUGUGAUUCUGCUUUUAUAUACAUUGUAUCAAUAUUUGGAGAUUUAGUAAUGAUAUAUUAGUAGCUUUUUUCCCCGGAGAAAUAUCUUAUCUUUGAAUAUGUUACCAUUAGUUUAUCCAUUCCUUUGUUUACAGACAUUCAGUUAUUUGUAAUUUUUUACUAUUUAAAAUAAAUCUGGUAGAAACA